CGUUAGCUUGUUCGUCAGUUGGCAUCUCGUUUUCGAACGAAAUAAGAAGUUCAGUAAAUAAAAGCAACAACAAGCAGCAAGAAAAUGGCAUCGGAAGAAACAACCGGGGAUGCCUCGGGCAGCUCGUUGCUCCUCAACCAGCCCGUGGUCAUCGAUAACGGAACUGGAACGCUGAAGGCCGGCUUUGCCGGAAAGACGAAGCCAAAGGCGAGUUGUUUGGCUCGACCUGUAUUAUGAAAUGCUGGCUCGGAUGAUUCUGUUGAUCUUAGGUUUUUGUUGGGUUACCUUUUCCCGCCUGCUGGUCUGUUUCCGAGGAAAGAAGCCAGCGGAUGCAAUACCAGGGAUUUGAAGGAGAUCGUGUGAAUAUUUCCUACAGCGUGACGAUUGUUAUAGGUGUUGCCAGUGUCCUAUCUGAUUCUCUUUCUAACCGAUGUUUUAUUUUGGCAUUUCCGAACACUAUUAAAACCCGCAAUGCGAUACCGACUCAACAAAUGACACAAUCUAAUUAUCAAAAAUACUGAACAACACAAAUCAUCGCAACAGGUCGUGAUCGGCACGAAGGUGGGCAGAACCAAGCACACACGGAUCAUGCCCGGUGGUGCGCUGGAGACCGAGCAGAGUUUGUCGUCCUCCGGACCCUCCUCUAUAUUCGUCGGAAAGAAACUGGACGAGCACCGCGGAGCCUUUCUCCUGGAAUACCCCAUGGACAAGGGGCACAUAGUGGACGGAGGAUGGGACGGCAUGGAAGCCCUUUGGGAGGUACGUUGAGUGUUUUGUAGUGUCAAGGAGAUCCGCCUUGACUUCGGUGAUCGUGCAUUCCGUGAUCGCAGCAUGGCAGACAAUACAAUGCUAGACGAUCGAACAUUUCUCGGCUUGCUUUGACUUGCAGAAGAUGUUGUAUCAUACCGCGGCACAGGUUUCUGAUUCUUUUCUUUGUUUUACGUCGUUGCCUUGCCAUCCAAUGACGGAUUCACGUUACAACACUUUGUGCUACAAAUAACAGCACAUUUACUCCAAACCAGGCAUCAACGUCAAGGCCGAAGACCACCCGGUGCUGCUGACAGAAGCCCCUCUCAACCCCUGCCAGAACCGGGACCGCAUGGCCGAGAUUUUCUUCGAGACCUUUCGGGCCCCCGCUCUCUUCUUUGCCCCACCAGCGGUCCUCAGUCUCUACGCCUCCGGAAGAACCACCGGUGUCGUUCUAGACGUCGGUGAGGGUGUCACACACGCUGUUCCCGUCUACGAGGGCUUUGCCCUCCCCCACUCGGUCACCCGGAGCGACGUCGCCGGGAGGGACGUCACGCGCCAGAUGCAGCUCCUCCUCCGCCGGUCGGGCCUUUCGUUCACCACGACGGCCGAGGCGGACCUCGUUAAAACCAUGAAGGAGGAAUCGUGCUUCGUGACACGAACCCCCGUUGCCGACGAGUCGAUGGAGAAGGACUCGAGAACGCAAUACACGCUGCCCGACGGGCAGGCCGUCACCCUCUCGAAGGAGCGCUACGAGGCCCCGAAUAUCCUCUUCGAUCCGUCCCUCAUCGGAUCCGAGGAGGCCGGAGUCGCCGACAUUCUAGUGGAUUCCAUCAUGAAGAGCGACAUCGACCUGAGGUCCACCCUCUUUUCCCAGGUGGUCCUGGCCGGUGGGUCCACCCUCCUGCCGGGCUUUGGAGACCGCAUGCUGUACGAGGUCCGGUCCCGGUCCCCCUCGCACACGAAAAUACGAAUCUCGGCCCCGCCGGAGCGCGUGAACUCCGCCUUUGUCGGUGGAUCCAUUCUGGGCAGCCUCGCGACCUUCAAGUCCAUGUGGACCUCCAAGACGGACUACGAAGAAUACGGAAGCAACAUUCUGCACCGCAACAAGUUGUAAUCGACGUCGUUCGUUUCGUUUGCCUUGUCGUGUCGUGCCGCUCCUUGGGUUGCUUAAAUGCUGCUAUCAUGUUAGCAGGAAACGCAUACUGCAGCCUUUUCGGAACGUGUUGUAUGUUUCCCGAUUCGAAUAAAAAUAAUAGACUAUUUAUAACUAA